AUGUCGUUCUUUGGCUUCGACACCUCGCUCCCCGGUGACCAACGUGCCAAUCGCACCAACUACUCGUCGCAAAAAGCUUUCGACCUCACUUUCGACAAUGACGAGUCGCUCGACGCAAAGAUCAAGGCCCUUGCUGCCGGUGCACAGGAGGAUGUAGAGAUCUACACGUGGGGCCAGGAUGGCUACGACGGCCUCGGCGACAAGCUCGAUGAGUCAGGCGAUGACUUUAACGACGACACUUUCGGUGAUGUCGACAUUGGAAGGGACUUUGAUUUCGGUCAUGCUCCUGCGCCGUCUUCUCAGCAGCCCCAGCCCAACUACAGUCAGUCCACCCAGCCGCAGCCGCAGCAGCAGCAGCCCAAGACCAAGUUUGACCCUUCCAACAAGUUUGCCGCCAGCCUGGAUGAUUUUCUCGUCGACCCCGCCCCUCGCUUUGGUGCCACUCGCGGUGCUCAGCAACAAGCCCCGCAAGCGCAACAUCAGCAGCCUCGUUCUCAGCCAAAGACGCUCGAAGAAGUCGAGGCAGAGAUGCUCGCCAUGCGUGCCAAACAGCAGGCCCAGCAGCAACCCCUUCCCGCCGACAAAAAAGCCAUGACCGUCGAAGAAGUCGAAGCUGAACUGCGCGCUCGAUAUGCGGCUGGUGCGGCCGGUGCAGUCACGCCCAUGCAACCCGGUCAGCCCCAGCAUGCCAUGGUUGCUCCUCCUCAAUCCAUGGCUCAGCGCAUUGCUCCUCCGCCCGCCAUCCUUCCAACUGUCCUUCCACCAAUGGGCCCUAGUCCACCUCUGAGCCUCAAUGCCGAUCCUGCUUCUAUUCAAGCCGCUCAGCAGCAAGCUCAAGCCGCCCAUUUUGCCCGGAUGCGUGCGCUUCUCGAAGCCAUGCCGCCGCUCGUUCAGCAAUCCAUCCUCUCGCUUCCACCUCCCAUGCAGUUUGACUCGCUCGAAAGCGUUGCCCAGAACUUUCCCGGCCUUCUCGACCCUGCCCAGCGUGAGCGCGCCCCUUCUGCCGAGCAGGAUGCGGUGCGUUUCAUGAUGGAAAAGGCGCAAGCCCAGAUGGCGGAUUUCGAGCGUCUAGAGGCUAAACGCAAGCGCAGGAUGGACAAGAUUAACGCCAUGGCCAAGUACAACGGCCUCAUGUCGGCCUCGGACAAGGAUUUCAUCACUCGAAUCCAGAUUUCGCAGCUUAUCACCGCCGAUCCCUACGCUGAUGACUUCUACGCGCACAUCUACUUUGCUCUGCGCGGCGGUCCCAGAAGGCCAGGUCUGCCUGGUCCGCCCGGUCCGCCUGGUUCGUCGGCCAACGUCGCUGCUGAUAAUGCCAAUGGCAAUGAAAAGCUGAGCAAAGGUGGCAAGGGCAAGCAGAAGCUCAACAAGCAGCAGAAUGCCAUGCUUCGCAUGCAGCAGCAAGUGGAACGCAUCGUUCAGAGUCGCAAGGAGAGGAUGGAGAAGAGUGCUUCCGGAGCAGCUCUUGCGGGCGCUCUCGGUAGGGUCAGUCUGAGCUCAACCAAGAACCCUAGACAGAUGCUUCAGAUCUCGGCCGACGCUGCGAAAGCCAGCAACAAGGAGCGUGUCUCGGGCGAAGCGUCUCCAGACGCGGGCCACGCCAGGGAUGCGGUGCGACAGGCGCUCGAAGGCGCUUCGCUGGGCGGCAACGGCAACGCCGGUCUGCGACGUGAGGCACUCACCAAGUACGAGGUGUUGCGUAUUCUCGAAAAGCUCUAUGAUCUGGUGCUGCAGCUUGAGCAGCUUCGUCGCAACGCUCCGCCUGCUCCACCUGCCGACAUCCAGCCGGAGGACGAUGCGGCGAGCGCGGCCAAGGACGCGUUUGAUGCACAUCAGGCCGAGCAAGCCGCUGUCACGAACACGUUGUGGACCGAGUUGCGCGUUUUGGAGCCGCUCGAGAUUUCGGACCCGCAUCCGUUUGUCUCUCUGCUAUCGUCGGCCAAGGGCAAGCGGCUUUUGCCGCGUGCUCUGCGUCAUCUGUCGCAAGAACAGACGCUUACUGCAUUGACCAUGGUGGUUGCAUCGUUCGAGUCGCUCGAUGUGGUUCAAAAUGGGCCGUUGUUGGAUGACCUCAGUGACGAUGCUAGUAAGAUCGAGGCGAGACGCGAUGCGGAGAGGCAGUCCGAGACGUUUGCGACGACGAUUGUGCCGAGCAUGAUGGCGAUGGCAAGUACGGCGCCUAUGCGGAUUGUGUCGGGCAUGCUGGCGCUGUUUGUGGAGCGGAAUGAUCCGGUCAGGGUGUCACAGACUCGGCCGGGAGUGGCGUUUUUGACGAUCUUCCUGUCCAGGGCUGAGACGUUGAAGCAGCUCGGCGAUGUGCCGAGCGAGGAGCUGGAGCAGUUCAAGCAGAUCUUUGCACUGCUCUUCUCGAGGCUCACUUCGCACGGAAAAUUGGCGUCAUUGUUCCCCUCAACUCGCACAAAACAGUCGCUUCCUUUCGGCGUCAGCUACUACAUGGGUUCCGGUCUCGGUCAACAGCUGUCCGCACACACCGUAGGUGGCAAGUAUCGCAACGUCGAUUUGGAAGACGAACCGACGUGGAACCUGAUGGCUGCUCUGGCGAUCGGUAGUGACAUGUCACAGCAGCAGAUCCUCGUCCAGGAACUCAGAGAUAAAAUCCUCGAAAACGUCAUCUCGGCUAAAGAGUGGCAGAAACGUAACCCAGCCGCUGUCCAGGACGAGUUCAAUCCAGACAUCCGCAUCAGAAACGUCAACCUGCUGCUUCAUGCGCUCAACCUGGAUGCUGCACAGAUCAGCGUCUAG